CGGCGCGGCUCUGUUUCCGGUCCGCGGGGAGCACUUCCGGGAGGCGCUUCCACGAGCGAGGCGGCGGUGCUGGCAGGCGGAGACCUCUUGCGAAGAUGGGGAAAGUGAGGGCGCUGCGGGCUCGUGUGCACCGGGCGGCUGUGAGGCCCGACGGGGAGGCUGCACCCGGCCCUGUGCCCCCCGCCUUGGAGCCGGCUCUCCCACAAGCCCCGGCGGGCGGAGCGGGGGCGAAGGACUGGACAUUCGUUCACAAUGCCAUCUUUGCCAGGACACAGAUAGACCCUAGCGCGUUGGUGCAGAGGCUGGAGUUGGACCAGAGGAGUGUGGUGUCCCUAAAGAGAGGUGCAGAACCAAAGGCCGUUUUGCCCAAGAAGGAAAAACUGAAGCUUCGCCGUGAGCAAUGGCUACAGAAAAUCGAAGCCAUAAAGCUGGCAGAGCAGAAGCUCAGGGAGGAACGAAAGCGCAAGGCCAUGGUGGUGGUAGGCGACCUGCACCCCCUGAGGGAUGCCCUACCUGAGCUGCAGGAACUGGAGGCCGGCCACCAGCAGCAGCAAGCCAGACGGGUGACCAGCAAGCCCAGGCCAGUGGAGCUUAGCCGAAUGAGCACAGCCCAGAGACAGCAGCUUCUUGAGGAAGAAAGGACCCGGUUUCAGAAGCUGCUGGCCAGCCCAGCCUACAGAGCCAGUCCUCUGCUGGCCAUCGGGCAGCAACUGGCACACCAGAUGCAGCUGGAAGGUGGCGAGCAACUCUGACCAAGGACAUUGUGGGCCAUGAGCUCCAGAGGACUCACAUGUGGGUGGAGGUGCCAGCAGCUCUUGAAUCCUGUCCUGUACCUGCAUGGCCACCUAGCUAGCCAUGAGACCUAGGGAAGGCAAGCUGGAGCUGCCGACGGGGACAAAUAAAAUGACUUAUGGACUGUGGCUUCACUUCCCACUUAGAGACAGCCACUCCUGCGUUUUCAAGGCUCACCCUCCCUGGGACAAGCCCAGGAUCCCCAGCUAGGGACCAGAGUUGGAUGGCUGCUCUUGUGGGGAUCUGCAAGGGCUGCACCAGGGUGGAAGCAGAGUCCUGUCAAGUCGCUGGGUCCCUGAGGCUCAGCACUCCUUCCUCGCUGUCUGGGAUCCUCACCUCGCUUCUCACACCAGUUGCCUUCGGCCAAGCCUCAGCGGCUUGUGGCUCUCACCUCUCUCGCCCCAGGUUACUUCCUUUCCCUUCUGUGACCAGAGAAGCAGGUGGUCCUGCCUGGAGGCACAGCAGUCCAGCUCAGGAGUCUCUUUGGUGGGUGUCAAAAUAGACCUGUGUUAGGCACUAGUGGGUUCUCAGGGUGGGACCCACAGACCCCACAGCUCACACGGACCCACGUUCCACCUUACAUCUGGGCGCGCCUAUGGCACUGCUCACCCCUGAAGGUGCUCCCUAGUCUUUUACAAGGGGGGCCCACAUGCUUAUAGCUCCCCGGCCCUGUGAGUAGGGAGCGGGCAGAACAAGUGAGGCCCCCAGGCCUGGUAUGGACACCUAGGGCACUUGGUCAAUGGAAGUGGGUAAAACUGAAUAGGCCUAAACUGGGUGAGACAGAGGCAGGCAGGUCCCAAGUUCAAGGUCAGCCUGGUCUAUAAAUAAAUAAGAGUGAACCGA